AUGCCUUUCAAACCCGCAGACAACCCCAAAUGUCCGAAAUGUGGCAAAUCCGUGUACGCCGCUGAAGAGCGCGUGGCCGGAGGGCUCAAAUGGCACAAGAUGUGCUUCAAAUGUGGUCUCUGCCAAAAGUUGCUGGACUCCACCAACUGUUCAGAGCACGAAGGUGAACUUUACUGCAAAGUAUGCCACGCCCGCAAAUUCGGACCCAAAGGUUACGGCUUCGGCGGUGGUGCUGGCUGCCUGUCCAUGGACACCGGUGACCAUCUUAAAGCUGAGAACGCGGGCGUACGAACUAAUGGCGCCUGCUUGGAGUCUCGUGUGAUAGCUAAGGCUCCCCCUGGUGAGGGAUGUCCACGAUGUGGUGGAUGUGUUUACGCUGCCGAGCAAAUGUUGGCUCGUGGAAGGGCCUAUCAUAAAAGAUGCUUCAAAUGCCUUAAUUGCCACAAGUCUCUUGACUCAAUGACGCAUUGUGAUGGACCAGACAAAGAAUUAUAUUGUCGAGGUAUUUUAGCGUGGCAUAAGGAGUGCUUCAAGUGCGGUGACUGCCAAAAGCGUUUGGACUCCACCAACUGUUGCGAGGGCUCAGACAAAGAUAUUUACUGCAAAGUGUGUUAUGGAAAGAAGUUUGGGCCUAAAGGAUAUGGUUAUGGCAAGGGAGCAGGUGUUCUGCAGAGUGACCCUUACGCCAAUGGGGGUGUUGGACACGGGGGAAUAUCAUCCUUGGGACUAGUAUGUGAUUUAAAGGACAAGGAAUGGCAGAGCGAUCUUGCUCCAAGGACAACGGUGAUUGACACAGCCGCUAUCAAAGCUCCCCCUGGUAAGGGAUGCCCAAGAUGUGGUGGCGUCGUCUUCGCCGCUGAACAGGUGCUAGCUAAGGGUCGUGAAUGGCAUCGCAAGUGUUUCAAAUGCCGCGAUUGCCACAAGACUCUUGAUUCUAUCAUCGCUUGUGAUGGACCCGACUCCGAUGUUUAUUGCAAGACUUGCUACGGAAAGAAAUGGGGACCUCAUGGCUACGGUUUCGCCUGUGGUUCUGGAUUCCUUCAAACUGACGGCUUGACCGAGGAAGAGAUUUCUGCAAACCGCCCGUACUACAAUCCAGACACUACAUCAAUCAAGGCUCCCAAGGGCCAGGGUUGCCCAAGAUGUGGUGGCAUGGUAUUUGCAGCUGAACAGCAACUGGCUAAGGGAACGAUGUGGCAUAAGAAGUGUUUCAACUGUGCCGAAUGCCACCGUCCAUUGGAUUCCAUGCUCGCAUGUGAUGGCCCCGACAAGGAGAUCCACUGUCGUGCUUGUUAUGCCAAACUGUUUGGACCUAGAGGCUUCGGAUAUGGUCACGCCCCUACUCUAGUGUCUACUGACACAGACCCACAUAUCACUUACACUGAACAAAUGCCCUUCACGGGUCCCAAAGCAGCAAAGGGUCAAGGCUGCCCUCGAUGUGGAUUCCCUGUAUAUGCCGCUGAACAGAUGAACUCUAAAAACGGCACAUGGCACAAACGGUGCUUCUCAUGUGCAGACUGCCACAGAUCUCUUGAUUCCACUAACUUGUGUGAUGGGCCCAAUGGUGAAAUUUACUGUCGUGGAUGCUACGGUCGCAACUUCGGACCCAAAGGUGUUGGAUUCGGAUUGGGUGCAGGCACAUUGACCAUGGCUUAA